AGAGUCGAACGGUUGCGCAUGCGUGCUGGAGAUCGCUGAGGCGACCGUGUAGGAUUGUCUUGCUGUGUAUCUUUUAGUUUGUUUUAUUUUUAAAACUUGUUUUUACGUUCAUUCACCAUGCCCAGUGACCGUUGGGAAACGUUACAGGCUCUUAAAAAUUCACCAAAGGGAAGGAUCUCUUUCAAUCCGUAUUGGUCGGCAAGGGGUGAGGACAUUUUGUCAGGUUAUCAAGAUUCGAUCAGCUUGUCAUCGCAGUCUGGGGUCAUACUGCAAAAACUCGACUCCCAAUCUCCACAAAACGCUGAUGGUUUGAGUUAUACCGAUCAGUCCAGCCCUGGCCUUACGCCUUCUGCGUCUUUCACUGGAUCGAGCCGUGACGUGACAUCGAAAGACAAUACAACACUAUAUUUGAAGACUGAACAUGAACAGGCAAAUGAUGGGAACAAUCAGCCUUCAGAAAACGAUGCAGAUGAACUCGCCUGUCGCAUGUCCUCGACCAUCUCUCUGCUCUCCCCUGAAGCCAUGGCGAUGGCUGGACGCAUUGUUAUGUUUGAAAAGGAGCAACAUAAAAAAGCAAAGAUGGCGUUCAGAGUGCGUCAGGAGCUGCAAGAGAAGCUGGUGAUGAUGGUGGCAAGUACUGAGUCAGAGCAGCUGAAGCGCUUUGAGGAGCUCAUGGAGUUAAAACAGAGACAAGAGUACCAGAGCAUGCGGGAUAUGAUGGAAAGAGAGACAAAAGAGAGCAUUGGACGUCAAGAGAAGCUGAAGGAAGAGCAACGCCACAGAUUGAAGAUCCAGAAUCUCCGCCUGAGGGAGGUAGAGCAGCAGCGACUGAGGGAAGCGGAGCUGGAGCGGCAGCGGCUGGCUGAAGGCAAAGAGAGGCUGCGUAACCUCAACUCCAUUCAAGAAGAGAUCUUGCAGCUAAACCAACUACUGGAGUCCUCGGCCCAAACUCAAACCACUGUCCUGUCAGCUAGUCUUGGCACCUACAGCAUGCGUGGGAACCAACUGUGCUCCCAGGUGUCAGAGAUUGUUCGAAAGACAGCAGAGGGACAAUAUCCCACUGUGGAAGACAUGACUGAGGCAGAGCGGGCCCUACAUGAAAUGAGGACUCAGAUCCACCUGAUGCAGGAAGAGGCAGCCAAAGCUCAGGAGGAGGAGGAGAAGAAGAAAGAGUUGGCAGAGUCCCACAGGCAGCUGGUGGAGCUGAAGAUGCAGCAGGAAGAGCAAAAGAAGGCGGAGCAGUUAGCCAAAGAGAAAGCGGAUGAGCAAGAGCUGCAAAACAAUGCAGAUGACACCACGCUGAAAUGGUACAAGGAGCUGCAAGAUUCCCUUACUCAGUGCAGUCAGUCCAUUGAACAACUCAGCUCAUCAAAAGAUGUCCAGACAAAGAGACUGAAAUUGGAGCUCCAGAAAGCCGCGACUAUACCCAUCAGUCAAAUCUCCUCCAAUUCUGGAUCUCGGCUUCGAGAAAUCUUUGAAAAAAUUGACAAGCUGCUCUCUGGCCAGGCAGUGGUGACGGGGGGGAAGGCAGUUUCCUCCUCCCAUCACCCACAGGGCUUGGACUUUGUGUAUUACAAAGUGGCUGAGAAGUUUGUGAAACAAGGUGAGGAAGAGGUUGCAUCUCAUCAUGAAGCAGCCUUCCCUAUUGGUGUGGCAGCCUCAGGUAUCUGGCAGCUGCACCCCCGAUUUGGUGACCUCUUCCUUGGCCACCUGCACAAAAAAUGCCCUUAUGCGGUCCCCCAUUAUCCUCGAAUGAAGGAUGGCACACCUGUGGAUGAAUAUCAGAGAAUUCUUGGUUACCGUGUGGAUGACUCUGGGGUUGAAGGUCACGACAGUUUCCUGAAAAGGAUGUCCGGCAUGAUCCGCCUCUAUGCUGCCAUCAUCCAACAGAGGUGGCCAUUUGACUCCAAGAAUGAGAUGCCCACUCAUGGUCUGAAUCAUGGUUGGCGCUGGUUGGCUCAGAUGCUCAACAUGGAGCCUAUUGCUGACAUCACCGCGACACUGCUGUUUGACUUUCUCGAGGUUUGCGGUCACGCUUUAUUAAAAAGCUAUCAGGGCCAGUUCUGGAAAGUCAUCUUUCUUCUGAAAGAGCAAUACUUACCCAGGAUUGAAGCUGUGACAGGCAGUGGACAGAUGGGUUCUGUCUCCAGGCUCAGAUUAUUCCUUGAGAAAUUGCUUCAAGAAGGGCACAUCAGUCCACCUAAAGGCCAGCUGACAUCCAUGUUCUGGAGGUCCUAAUGUUUUGGAAGAAUAUAUGGAUUUCAGUGCUUCCAGUCGUUCAUCUACUCUGCAACUCAGGUCAAGGCCAGUUCCGUUUUUGGCGGUGAUUCCAGACUCUCUGCAAAUUCUCCUAACUCAUCUAAUAACUCUGUGAAUGCUGGACGUUUGAAGGACUCAACCUAAGGGACAAAGAAACACAAUUGACAAAAUGAUGGAGCAGUGAAAGCGGGAGAACUUGACAAGUUUGUUGCAUUUUCAUACAAUGGUUUUAUCAGCGCACCGUAUAUGAGAGAAUCUUUCAGAGUGGUAUUUAACAACAUAUUUCUCCUACUGCACUGCAUCAUGCUGAGAGCAGCUUCUAAUAUUUGGGUGAUGUCAUUUAGCUACACCAGAAAGUCCACAAUAUUAAUAAAAAAAAAUCAGACUUUUUCUUUAUUCAUAUUGAACUA